CGCCCCCCCCGCGCGCUGCCUCCCUCGCGCGCCCUCGCUCAGCCAUUUUAAACGGCGCGAGGCGGCGCCGGUGACGGACGAGGGGGAUUCGCGUCGCUGCCGCUCGGAGAGCCGCUCGACCCGCCGGGGACGCCUUUUCUCUUCCCGCCUAGAAACAAACAGUGACGGUUUCUCCAACUUUGGCGUGGAUUGAAUUUGUUUAGAAGACCCGUGUUCUCUCGGAAGUAAUCCAAUGAUCUUCAAAUAAUUUGCUGGUGCUGUUGCCGAUUGUUGCUGAUCGUUUCUAACCUUUUAGUGAUUCUUCUAAACUUCAACCACCUAAAGCCUUCGUUUCUGCUUUUGCCUGCUGCUGCUUCUGCUGCUGCUUCCUUCUUGAGAGAAAAAAAAAAAAACUUAAGAAACUUGGAUUCUCCAAAAGGACAGGUGACAGAUUUUUUUUUUUUUUUAAAAAAAGAAAGCUGUCCAUUAUGAAUCUUAAACAAAAACUCUGGACCCUUGUAUGGUUCCCCCUGUAUUUUUUGAUCAAUGUGUACAGUGCGCUCGUAUUCAUACCCUGGUAUUUUCUUACAAACGUGAAGAAGAAAAAAACUAUGGCGAAACGCUUAAAAGCUAAGGCCGUCUCCGACAGUCCUGGAAGUCCGUAUCGGUCCAUUUCACAUAUGGAGUCGCUAGCCAGUAUAGACUUUCCUGGAGCGGACACACUGGACAAACUGUUUGACCUUGCCGUGACCAAGUUUGGGAAGAAAGACUGUCUUGGAACAAGAGAAGUCCUGAGCGAAGAGAACGAAAUGCAGCCAAACGGAAAAGUAUUUAAAAAGUUAAUCCUAGGAAACUAUAGAUGGCUGAACUACGAAGAGACCAGCCGGAAGGUGAAGCGCUUUGGGAGCGGGUUAGUGGCGCUGGGAUUGCAGCCCAAGAGCACCGUGGCCGUAUUCUGUGAGACUCGAGCUGAAUGGUUUAUUGCCGCCCAGUCUUGCUUCCGGUACAACUUCCCUCUCGUUACAUUGUACGCAACCCUUGGAGAAGAGGCAGUAACCUAUGGAUUAAAUGAAUCUGAAGCAACGUUUUUAAUCACCAGCUUAGAUCUUUUGGAAGGCAAACUAAAGAAUGUACUGUCAAAAAUCCCCUGCCUCAAAUACAUCAUUUACGUGGAUAAUAAGACCAUCAAUAAAUCAGACUAUCCUAAGGGGCUGGAGAUUCAUAACAUGCAAGCAGUGGAAGAACUUGGAGCCAAGCCAGAAAACUUCAGCAUCCCUCCCUGCCGCCCUGCUCCUACAGACAUGGCCCUAGUCAUGUAUACCAGUGGUUCCACAGGGAGGCCCAAAGGGGUCAUGAUGGUCCAUAAAAACUUGAUAGCUGGAAUGACUGGACAGUGUGAGCGAAUACCUGGCCUGGGACCCAACGACACGUAUAUUGGCUACUUGCCUUUAGCUCAUGUAUUAGAACUGACGGCAGAAAUUUCCUGUAUUACCUACGGCUGCAGGAUUGGCUAUUCCUCUCCACUCACCCUGUCAGACCAGUCAAGCAAAAUUAAAAAGGGAAGCAAAGGAGACUGCACUGUUCUGAAGCCCACUUUGAUGGCAGCUGUGCCAGAAAUCAUGGAUCGAAUUUAUAAGAACGUUAUGAGUAAAGUCCAGGAGAUGAACUAUUUCCAGAAAACUUUGUUCAAGAUAGGGUAUGACUACAAAUUGGAACAAAUCAAAAGAGGUUACGAUGCACCUCUGUGUAACUUACUGCUGUUUAAAAAAGUGAAGGCCCUGUUGGGAGGGAACGUACGUAUGAUGCUUUCUGGAGGAGCCCCUCUCUCACCUCAAACACAGAGAUUCAUGAACAUCUGCUUCUGCUGCCCUGUUGGCCAAGGCUACGGCCUGACGGAAACCUGUGGCGCAGGCACCAUUACUGAAGUAACUGACUACAGUACCGGGAGAGUAGGGGCUCCUCUUAUCUGCUGCGAGAUUAAACUCAGGGACUGGAAAGAAGGAGGCUACACAACAAGAGACUUACCACACCCUAGGGGGGAGAUUAUAAUUGGAGGGCCCAAUGUCUCCAUGGGGUACUUCAGAAAUGAUGAGAAAACAGCUGAAGAUUUCAUUGUCGAUAACAAUGGCCAGAGGUGGUUCUGUACUGGAGACAUUGGAGAAUUUCAUUCUGACGGGUGCCUGCAAAUCAUAGAUCGUAAAAAAGACUUGGUGAAGUUGCAAGCCGGAGAGUACGUCUCUCUUGGCAAAGUGGAGGCAGCCUUGAAAAACUGUCCCCUGAUUGACAAUAUUUGUGCAUAUGCGAAAAGCAACCAGUCUUAUGUUAUCAGUUUUGUGGUUCCCAAUCAGAAGAAACUAACGGCACUUGCUGAACAGAGGGGUAUGUCUGACAGCUGGAUCAACAUCUGUAACAAUCCUGUCAUGGAAUCAGAAGUUCUGAAAGAGAUUAAAGACACGGCUAACAAAAUGAAGCUGGAAAGAUUUGAAGUGCCCAUCAAAGUGCGUCUGAGUCCAGACCCCUGGACUCCCGAGACAGGCUUAGUCACCGAUGCUUUCAAACUGAAAAGGAAGGAGCUGAAGAACCAUUACCUCAAUGACAUCGAGCGGAUGUACGGAGGGAAAUAAAAACCUCCCUGCGUCAGAAAGCGUGCGUCGUUUCUUCUGGAGAUGAGCGGUUGUAUUUCCAAACGGAAGCGGCAUUUCCUACAACAGUUGAACAUUUACUCCCGGUUACCCAGAAGGAACGGCUGCGCUGGCUUUCUGCCUUGCAGUUUUCCAAGAUGCUGUCAAAAAAGACUGACCCCACUGCCAGGGUUUCAUUAGAACAUUUCCAGUUCCAAAAUGGCUGUGUUCGUAUGGAACUCCCUCCCUGGAUAAACUAAUAUUUUUAUCUUUCUAUUCCGGCUUCUUCUCCGAUUCGGAAGCAGUUCGAUCAUCUGGGCUGAGUCCGGGGUGAUGUAUUCGAAACGGAUGAAAACUAGCUGGCUGAGAAGGCAACACAAAAGAGGUGUUGUUAACGGUUGGGCACAGCCGAGCCUCUCCAGAACGCUGCUCCGGAAAUGGCUCUCUCAGGUCCUUUGCGAAAUGGCUCGUUUGAAGGCGAUUGUCGUUGGUGGCACAGAAAAGAUGAGGCGAGACUUCUCUUGUGAAAACGGUACUCUCACCCAGCCGUAAACUGACAUUCCAACGCCACAAAUGACGCCCGAUGGGGUUCUUGCACCACGGGCCAAGUUGUUCCUUCCCUUUCCGCAGUUCAGUGCUCAGCGGCACCAUCCCGCCCCCGUCUCUGCCAUGAAAUUAUUCCUGCAUUUUCUGAUUUUUGUUUUUUUUUUUAUUGCUCAUUCCACAAAAAGGCGCCGUUGGCCGUAGUUUCCACUGCUCAAGGGGACACCCCUGGUACUUGUAAAAGUCACAUUUGCUGCUGCAUUGAAAAAAAGAAGGGAAAAAAUUCCUGCUUUCACUGCCACUUGGUGAGCCCAGAUGGAUUUUCUUCAUAUUUAUUUAUCUUUUUUCUCUCUCAAAUUGUUGUGUUCCACAAGGAAAGAGGAAAGAGAUGGCUGGUAGUAUGAAAUGUUUAGAGUGCCAAAGAAAGAAAGAAAGAAAGAAAGAAAGAAAGAAAGAAAGAAAGAAAGAAAGAAAGAAAAAAAUUAUCCUCACGGCUGAGCAGAGGUAAAUUAAGACAUUCCAAUCAAAACAUUUCAAGCUGUCUUUUGUAAGAAGACAAGCAGAUGAUUUUGGCCAUGUCUGGCAUCAGUUUGGCUUGUACGAAGAAUGCCGGCAUUACUGUCAACGAUUAUGCCGGCCUCUUUUGCGAUCAUUUAUCUAUUUGCACUUACUACCUUUAAAAAAAAAAAAAAUACAUCGGUGGAACAAAACAAGUCCCGUGGCUAGUCUACAUCCUGUCUGCUUUUGCAGAGUGUGUCCUGCUUUUUGGGAUAUAUGCGCCGCUUCCUCUAAGCACACCCACACCACAGAUAAAAUAUUUGGUUAUUGUUGGUUGUUGUUUUUUUUAUUUUAAAAGGGCAUUUUAAUUUAUGUUUUGACUCUAUCACAUAAAACAAAAUCUUAAAACGAAUUUCUCUUCUAUGCGAGUGAUGGACGUGGCCUCGGGAAUGUUGUGUUUUAAAGUGCUUGCAAAGGGAAAACUUUCUGUCUGCUAUUUUUUAUUUAAAAACUGGAAAUUCUCGAUGUACAGAGAGUGGGAGGGAGCAGCAGUCUCCUCUGCAUUGGUGUGUGCAUUAUUCCACAGUUUGUCUUUUGUGCACUGGGCUUCUCUAUUCCUACUAGUAGUUCACACUUGAAACAAAAAAACCGAGAAGAACGUGGCAAUGAUGGGAUGCUGUUCUCCUGUGCACUUUUGAUCCGUUUCUGUAUGUGGCUUCCAUUUUUGUACAGAUGUGGCUCUCGGUUGCAUUGUGUUAACCUUUUGGUGGCUCCAAAGUAUUUAUAAAAUAGAUUUUCUUUUAUUCAUUAUAUUUUAAUGUGUAUAUUAUGGUUAAAAAAAAAAAGAAAAAUAAUUGGAUAUUGUUUGGAGAGUGAAGGAGUUUUGUAUAUGAUGUCCAAUACACAACGAUUUUAAAGCA